AUGAGUGAAAAUCUUUGUUUUGCAGUUCGAGCAUCCGAUGCAUUAUCUUUAUUUCGAGGAACCAAUUCACCCACUUCGAUAUUUCAAACAACUGCAAAUAAUGGUAAAUCUUGUCGAAUAUCGAGAUUUAGCAAUACAGGCCAAUAUUUUGCCUAUUGCGAUGGAGUUAAAACAGUUGUAAUUGAAAUAGCCACUGCUGAGGAAGCAAUAAGUGUUGAUUUGCCUCGCACACAGAAAAUAGUAUUUUCUACGAAGGAUCAUAUUAUGAUCACAUAUGAACCACAUGUUACAUAUGGUCCAAGAGUGAAUGGUAUAGAAGGACGACAGCGUAAGCCACCGCCAAACAUGCGCAUUUGGACUCUUCCUGAUGGAAGACUUUUGGCUGCAGUUACUGCUCAGAAUGUGAAUUCUGGUAAGAUGGAUUGGUCUGAUGAUGAAAGUUGUGCCUUACGCGUGAUUGGUUCAGAGUUAAUGAUUGGAAAAUCUAUAUUUUCAGAAAAAUAUCAUUCUAAGUUGGCAGUUCCAAAGAUUGAUGAUUUUGCAUUAAGUCGCGGUUCGGAACCCUAUCACUGUGCUAUUCAUAUUCGUGCUUUCGGUGGCCAGCCAGCCCUCACUCAGAUCAGAAAGUACAAUUUUUUAUUUUAA